AUGGGGAAGCCGGGAGCAGCCACGGGCGCUGCGCCAGCGGCUGCGCGGUCCCGGAGCGCCCUCUGCUGCCCAUCCGCCGCCACGCCGCAGGGCUGGGGGGGCGCCCGGGGGCCUCGGGGACGCCCGGGAGCCUCGGGACACGGACACCUGGGAUCCUCGGGACACCUGGGAUCCUCGGGACACGGACACCUGGGAGCCUCGGGACACCCGGGAGCCUCGGGGACACCCGGGAGCCUCGGGACACCUGGGAUCCUCGGGACACCCGGGAGCCUCGGGGACACCCGGGAGCCUCAGGACACCUGGGAUCCUCGGGACACGGACACCUGGGAUCCUCGGGGACACCAGGGAUCCUCGGGACACCCGGGGGCCUCGGGACACGGACACCCGGGAGCCUCGGGACACCCGGGAGCCUCGGGACACCUGGGAGCCUCGGGACACCUGGGAGCCUCGGGACACCCGGGAGCCUCGGGACACCUGGGAUCCUCGGGACACGGACACCUGGGAUCCUCGGGGACACCUGGGAGCCUCGGGGACACCUGGGAGCCUCGGGGACACCUGGGAUACUCGGGACACCUGGGAUCCUCAGGACACGGACACCCGCGAUCCUCGGGGACACACGGGAUCCUCGGGACACGGACACCCGGGAGCCUCGGGGACACCCGGGAGCCUCGGGGACACCCGGGAGCCUCGGGGACACCCGGGAUCCUCGGGACACCUGGGAGCCUCGGGACACCCGGGAGCCUCGGGACACCUGGAAUCCUCGGGACACAGACACCUGGGAUCCUCAGGACAUGUUCACCUAGGAUCUUUGGGACAGGUCUCACACCUGCCUUUGAGGGAAGCAGGUCCCUGGUACCCACCUGACCAGCUGGAAUUUUCCUGAAAGCACACCGCACGUGGCUGGUAAAAUGAGCUGAAAUGAGCACAAGGGACCCUACAGUAGCUCCAGGAGAAGACUGGCCUGAUGUCCUUCCUGUAGGCACGGAAGAGCCAUGGGCCUCACACCCAGGGAACUUCUCUGGCCCCCUGGUAGAAACAUCUUUCUGUUUGUGCUGAAAACCAGGCGACCCAAAGCCCAGCAUUUCCACUGAAAGAGAAUCAUGCUUUCUGGCCACCUCUCUGCAGUCUGACCCUUAUGCCCCUGUUUGCCCAGCAGAGCAUAUUUCCUUCUACUGUAUGAAGGGAUUGUGUGACACUGAACACAACAUGCAG